AUGCUGACAAUAACUCAAGCUUUUGUAGUCCUGAUCAUUUUUUUGUUAAUUAUUGAGUUUUUCAAACUGCAAAAGGCAUGCAAGCAAUUCCCUCCUGGACCAACUCCUCUCCCAUUGCUUGGAAACUUGGUGCACCUGAACUUUCAGUUUCAUCGGGAUCUUCUGAUGGAGCUGGCAAAAACUUAUGGUAACAUAUAUACUUUGUGGUUCGGGUGGGCCCCAGUGAUCAUACUGAAUGGAUAUCAAGCUGUGAAGGAUGGCAUGACUACACACCCUGAAGAUGUUUCUGGGAGGAUGGUAUCUCCUUUCUUCAGAGCAAUGGCCAAAGGAAAAGGUAUUAUACUGGCAAGUGGUCGCUCCUGGAAGCAGCAGAGACGCUUUGGUAUAAUGACUCUACGCAGUCUGGGAAUGGGGAAAAAAGGCCUGGAGUAUCGAGUGCAAGAGGAGGCCUCUCACCUGGUGGAGUUCUUUGGGAACCUAAAAGGAAGACCUGUGGAUCCUUCUUUCCCCCUUUUCCAUUCUAUCUCAAAUGUAAUUUGUGCUCUGGUUUUUGGAUAUCACUUCUCUGACGACGACAAAACCUUCCAUGAACUGAUCAGUGCCACAGAGAAUUUAUUCAGAUUUGCAGGCAGCUUUGUUCAUCAGCUGUAUGAAAUCUUCCCCUGGCUGAUGUGCCGUCUCCCUGGUCCUCAUAAGAAGGCAUUGUCUUGCUAUGAUGUCCUGAGCUCUUUUGCAAGGAAGGAAAUCAGAAGACAUGUGGAGAGAGGGACACCAGACGAACCACAGGAUUUCAUUGACUUCUACCUGGCUGAGAUAGAGAAAUCUAAAGAUGUGGUGAAGCCCAAGUAUGACGAAGACAAUUUGGUAUAUGUUAUAAAUGAUCUUUUCCUUGGUGGAUCAGAGACCUCAAGCACAACAUUGUACUGGGGACUGCUCUAUAUGGUUGUGAAUCCAGACGUCCAAGAGAAAGUGCAGAAGGAGCUGGACACUGUUUUGGGUCCUUCUCAGUUAAUUUGCUAUGAGGAUCGGAGAAAACUGCCCUAUACAAAUGCUGUGGUUCAUGAGAUCCAACGCUUCAGCAACAUUGUGUUUGUUGGCAUGCCCAGAGUGUGUGUGAAGGACACAACGCUGCUAGGAUUCCCGGUCAAAAAGGGCACCAUCAUUAUGCCAAAUAUAGCAUCUGUUCUGUAUGACCCUGAGCAAUGGGAGACACCUCGACAGUUCAACCCUGGCCAUUUUCUGGAUAAAGAAGGAAACUUUACACCUCGAGAAGCCUUCUUACCAUUCUCAGCAGGGCACCGUGUGUGUUUGGGGGAGCACCUAGCAAGGACUGAGCUCUUCAUUUUCUUUGCCAACCUGCUGCGGGCAUUCACCUUCCGGCUCCCUGAGGGGGUCACGAAGAUCAACACAGAGCCCAUUUUUGGGGGUACGCUGCAGCCCCACCCAUACAGGGUUUGUGCCAUUCCACGCUAG